GUUCAUUGUUUAAUUUACAUAAAGUAUCUAUUCAUUAUUUGUAAAUUAAUAAAUUAACAUUUAAGAUGUUCAAUUGUAGUUUGUUUUUAAAAAUUAGACCAAACCAAUGUAGUUCAUUUAAAAGUUUUAUUUCAUGUGGGUUUUCUAGUAUAGUUCCGAAGAGAACCCUUAGUUUAAAUAAAGAGUUUUAUUUUAUAAGAAGUGGUUUUCGCACCUUUGCUAUCGGUACUUUUGUUAGAACCAAGGAGCACUUAAACAUCGGCACCAUAGGUCAUGUUGACCACGGGAAGACUACACUUACAGCUGCCCUAACGAAAGUAUGCAGUUCAGCAGGUGUAGGAGAGUACGUUCCGUACGACUCUAUAGAUAAAGCCCCAGAAGAACGUAAAAGAGGUAUAACAAUCUGUGCCACUCACGUAGAAUAUGAAACUGAUAAACGACAUUAUGGUCAUGUGGACUGCCCUGGACAUGCUGACUAUAUUAAAAACAUGAUUUCAGGAGCUGCUCAAAUGGAUGGAGCUAUUUUGGUGGUUUCAGCACCUGACGGACCAAUGCCUCAAACUAGAGAACAUAUUCUACUUGCCAGACAGAUAGGAGUGCCCAGACUUGUAGUUUAUUUAAACAAGAUGGAUCUCCUUGAGGAUCCUGAGUUGUUAGAAUUAGUUGAGUUAGAGAUUCGAGAAUUACUUUCUGAGCAUAAAUAUGACGGAGACUCUACACCAAUUGUUAAAGGCUCAGCAACAAAAGCACUAAAUGAUGACCCAGAGUCAGUACAGUCUAUUAAAGAUUUGCUUAAAGCUUGUGAUGAAUAUCUAUUAACCCCUGAAAGAAAAGCAGAUUUACCACUCUUGAUAGCAGUAGAUGAAGUGAUGUCAAUUCCAGGAAAAGGAACUGUAGUUACAGGAAGAGUUGAACAGGGAAAGAUAAGACCAGGUGAUGCCAUUGAGAUUAUUGGAGGGAAGAAGGCCGGGAAAAAAAGUACAGUUGUCGGUUUGGAAAUGUUCAGGAAAACUCUGGAUGAAGGAAUUGCAGGGGAUCAAGUUGGAAUUUUACUAAAAAAUGUCAAAAAAGACGAUGUUUCAAGAGGAUUUGUUAUAACAUGCCCGGGAAAAUAUUCAUGCUAUGAUUCGUUUGAUGCAGAUUUGUAUGUGUUGACGCAUGAAGAAGGGGGAAGAAAAAAUGCUUUCGUCUCAAACUAUAGGCCUCAAGCUUUUAUAAGAACAGGUGAUAUUAGCUGUUCAGUCCACCUUCCAGAAAAUGUGCCCAUGGCUGCUCCCGGAGAUAGCUUGAGGUGUAAUAUUAAGCUUUUACACCAUAUGCCGCUACACGAAGGACUUAGAUUCGCACUGAGGGAAGGAGGAAGAACGGUGGCAUCAGGAAUAAUUUCUAAAGUUAAUCCAUAAAUAAAUUUGUACAAAUAAAUUCCAUUUUUAAACAAAAUAACAUCUUGAAUUUUUAUUCCAAAUA